AUAAACACCCGACUACGUGGACCUCAAUCGUGGCACCCUCUAAAACCCUCGCGGUCCGCCACUCCAUCCGAAGCAGGAAGACUCUACAGCACUCUACAGCAUUGGAGACGGCGAGCUGUCUCAAUUCCGCGAGCGCUGCUGGCCUCUUAAGCUGGUGAUGAGGCACCACCUAGCGCCCAUCGCGAAAAAACACGUCCCCCACUCACAACCAUCGACAUGCGCGAAAUGAAACCUCUGAUGCUGCCCAAGCUCGUUGCUGCGCGGAAAUCGUCCAAGAGCUCACUGGAUAUGUUCUCCGAGCCCACCUCCUCUGUCUUCUCGAGUGCAGACUCUGGUUUCUUCUCCGCGUCGGAGUGUUCGACGCCUCCCACGCCAAGUUUCUACCGUGGGCAUUUUCGGAACCCAAGCUCGACCUCCUCGCUCUCCUCGAGCCCGCCAACCCACGAGCCCUUCGAGUCACCCAAUGCCUCGGGCAAGCUUCCGAAGCUCACCGAGGAGCCCUUCGAGCGGGAAGACGACUACGUUGCCGACGGGCCAUAUCGCUGUUCAUGCGACGUUCCGACAUGCACCAAUGGCAGAAGCUGCAUGAUCGCUCAGGCCUGGGAGUUCGGCGACUACGAAUCAGAGUCGCAUAUGUCAAAGAGACGACGCUCGGUGGAGUCAUCCGCACAGAGCGUCACCGAUAAGCUCGAGCGCAAGUUUCCCUCAUUAUCACGCAAGAUGAGAGAUCGUAAGCGGGCAUCCACCUUAGGCAGGACCUCCCGCAGCGCUACUCCCUCCAGGGUGUCGUCGACCCGGUCGUCGUCGAUCACCAGUUCGAUCCACCAGAUGCAAGGUUACGACAUCACCGACAAGUUCCCUCCGUCCUUAGCUCUAAAUCCUAGCAGCAAGGAACAGUUGAGCGAAUCCGUUGUCUCUUCGCCAAUUGACAUUGCUAAGGCCAAUGCGCUCGACAUCGAUGCCGAACAGGUGGCCUCUGAACGCUAUGCGACUACUCCUCUGCUUCCGCCGUUGCUCGUAAAGACACGCUUCGACGACGCCCCUUCACAGUCCCCUCUUCAGUCACCCACCGUUGCCGACAUCACUCAGUCCGUGGUUGCGACGCCCAUGGACUCACCCACACUUCGCGCUUACCCUACCCCGCCGCUGUCUUCCAAACCAUCAGUAGCUUCCUUCAAGACGUCGCGACCCGGCCACCUGGUGCCAUCAGCAGACAUCCCACCAAUCAUGCUGGCCGAUCCUAACGACAAGUGGGCCGUAGAACUAGGGCAUGACAACUUUACCAUCCACCCGGAACCCUACGUGCCCGAAGUUUGUGACGCGGCUUCGCUACGGCAGUUGUUUGCUGAUUGGGAGCAAGCGCGCCGCAACUUCACCAAACACCAAGUGCGGAUGGCUGAGCACAAUGGCGUGACCUCGAAAACCUACCUUCUGUGCGAGAAGAAAUGGGCGGAGAUCGACGCCUUGUGGAAGAAGAACAACGAUCUCGCCAUCUCGCGUGCGACUGCAAUCGGCGAGGAGCCCGAACCCAGCUCACCUCUAGAACCCGCCCCCCUCAGCAAAAUGCCAUCGCUGAACGACCCGAAGAGCGAGGGCAAAUUCCCGAAACUCGGGGACGAGGACAUCGUCGGUCCUAUGGUUCGCAUAGCAGAGCAGAUACCACGGACACCGCCCCGCAAGCGCGCCUUCUUCAAGUUCUUCAGCGACCUCAAAUUCCCCGGUUCUUUUCUCGGGAGAUCAUCGGCGGGGUGGCGCGGCCACUGAACACGGGUCGAUAUUUUCCC